ACUUCUUAUUUGAUUCAACUAACACUCAAUUUUCAAAUUCAUUUUCAUUUUUUUAGCUCCAGUUAUGAAGCUCCAGAUUGUCAUGCAAGUAGUAACUUAACUGAGGGUAAUGAUAUUUAUGAUUUUGGAUUACUUAUUAUGGAGAUUGUAUCAGGAAAAUUCCCUUCAUAUCACGGCCAUACACAGGCUAAUAUAGUGGACUGGUUCAAAUCAAUGAUUUCCAAUGGGAAGAUGGAGAAUGCAAUAGAUUCAAAAUUGCUUAAAAUGCCUUCUUCCAAGGCACUUAAACAGGUUGCUUUGGUUGCUCUAAGAUGUGUAGAUCCUGAUGUGAAUCCUAGACUCAAGAUGAGAGAUGUGGUUUGCAUGCUUGAAACCAACAUUCUUCUUUUUGAGGAACGUCAAAUUGCCAUGAAGACUUUAGAAGCCAAUCACUGGACAGAAAAUCAGAAAAAAAUAGGUGAUACCAAGAUGUAAACAGCAGCAAUUUACCUUCAGAAAAUGGCAAGAAAACAACAGUACUGUUCUUAUAGUAUACACACCAAUUUGAAAGAAGUUUUCAAUUAUUUCAUGUUGUUAAUGAGUUACUUGAGCUUUAUUCUUGUGCAUACUUCAUUUAGUCAAAUGUCAAUUUACUAA